AUGGACAACAGACUAGCAGCAACAGACGCUCGGAUCACCCGGGCAGGAUCAGUCGCAACAGGUGCACAACCAGCACCAGGCCUGGACAACCAGAAACGUAAGAGGACGACAAGGCGAGUAGAUGAGGAGGUCGAAGGUGAAGGAAACAGAGAAGAAGAACGAGAGGAGAUAGAGAAUGAAGGGGUAGGAGGCAGAGCUGGUGGCAGUGGAGAAGCAAUUCGAGAAGACGCAGUAGUCCUAUCAGACGACGAAGCAGACGACGGGUCAUGGGUGCCCCCACCGGAGGAAGAUGACCGCCAUAGUGGCGAGGAGUCAACGGUGGCGAGCCAAUCAGCAACGAGAAAUGGGAGCUCAGCUAAAUUAGGGCAUUCUACGCCAGGCGAUAUCCUGCUGUCCUAUGUUGAUAGGAGCCUUGGGGCCAGACAGCCCCUGGAGGGCAAGGCUUACUCCCAGCCAGAGAAUAGGGCGGCCGGAAGGCAUUUAGACAACGAGUCCCCGUCCAAUCAGCGCAGGAGCAGACGAUGUGUGGUUGAUGGCGACCGAAUAGUGGACAUUCAGGGCAGAAUAGACGAGCUUUACGCUCGAGGAGACCGAACGGAAGCGGCAGCCCUGCUUGCUCAAUUUGUGGACUCGUUCAUGACCCGAGAGCGGACAAUCUCGAGACAAGGAAGUGUGAACUCGCAACGGGAUAGUCCAGACCCACCAAACCAACCAGCGCGACGCACACAACAAGAAGCCCCUGCGAGACAACCUCAAACGUCAGACAGACCACAAGCAGCCCCAUACCGCUUAAUCCAAGACGAUAUAACCGAGGCAUCAGCAGACUCACACGACAGCCCGGAAGGGCGACUCCCUAAACGAACCAAACCUGAUAAUCCAGAGGAUCCGAGUGCUGCGACAGGAAAUGCCCGGAGAGAGACAGAGAAAUCGGAGGCGGAGAUGGUGGAAGCGUUGUUGCUAUUGGGAAAAGGAAGAAUGGUGUUGGCGAACGGAGAUGUCGUCGAAAACGGACGCCUUAUUGUACUAGAUGACUCGACCCAAAUGGAGAAGUCCCUGCCAGAGCUAUCCCCGGUCCUGACGCUAUACUUGCAGACCUUCAAAGCUUAUAUCCCCUUGACGGUGUUCGAAAGAGACUUCUUGAGGCAGGACUCCAAAGGCUGGAGCACAAAGAAAGCACCAUCAGCGUCGAAGAUGCUAGAGGGAAACGGAAUUCGCAUAUACGGGGGGGACUCACCGACCAAAGAACUGACACUGCAAUACGAACAGUGGCUCGACGCCAUAACACUUUUCAUUCGCUACGUAAAGAAAGCCGGUUGGGAAACCCAGUCGGAACGGUUUGAAGGUCACAAGCUGGUGGUGAUGGGUCUAAGAGAAGAUGUCGGCUGGAUGGUGGCGUUACGGUACUGCCAACGAGUCCGAAAAGGGGUGAUGCGUCCGACCGCAGACAAGAAAAUCUACAACAUCACAACGGUUCAGCAAGUCAUACUGGACGAAGUGAAGUUAACCGUCGAAAACCUUAGCGAGCGAGUCUACCGGACCAACCCAUACGCACCGGGAGGUCCGAGGGAGAACAUCAACCAGGACACCGGCUUACCAAAGGAAGGCCCCACCAAGAAGGCGACCCCUCCCCAAGCCAGCACUUCAUACGCCACAACACCGUAUCACAGCACGUCGACAUCCACGAGAUCAGAACCUUGGCUCCCCAAAGCUGAGUACAAAGCGAAAAAGGCGGCGGAGAGACAAGCCGCGAGAGAUCAACGCAAUCGACGAGGGCGGAGCCCAGAGAGGAGCUUCGAGAGGAGAGAUGACCGUCGCAGAGAGCGUAGCAGGAGCCAUGACAAGGGCUACAACGCCAAGAAGUACGAAAGGUACAACCGGUUCGAGAAAAGGAGCUAG